CUAAAAAGUAUUUUUCACUGUACAAUAUUGUCAAUGUCACAUGUCAUGGUUGGUUGUACUGUCAGCCUGACUGUCAGAGUGUCAGGAGUAUCAGGCCAGCAUUGCAUGCAUGUUGUCAAAAAGUAACCUUUCAUUUUGUAAAUAAAUUUUAAUUUUAUACCGUUGUGUUAUAAAAUGAAUAGUACAAAGUGUUAACUAUAGUAGUAACUAUGUCGCAUAAAAUAUUGGAGCUUUAUAGUGGGAUUGGGGGGAUGCACUGUGCAUGGAAAGAAUCCGGCUUAGAUGGAGAAAUAGUUGCUGCAGUGGACAUAAAUACAGUAGCAAAUUCAGUAUACAAACAUAAUUUUCCAGAAACUAAUUUGUUGAAUAGAAAUAUCCAACAACUGACUCCUCAAGUAAUCAAAAAAUGGAAUGUUGAUACAAUACUUAUGUCACCCCCAUGCCAGCCAUUUACAAGAAAUGGGAAAUAUUUAGAUGACAAUGACCCUAGGACUAAUUCAUUUUUAUAUAUAAUAGGGAUACUAGAUCAACUAGACAAUGUAGAUUAUAUUCUUAUGGAAAAUGUUAAAGGCUUUGAGAACUCUACUGUAAGAAAUCUAUUUAUAGACAAGUUGAAAGAAUGUGACUUUAUUUAUCAAGAGUUUCUGUUAUGUCCAUCAACUGUUGGUGUGCCUAAUUCUAGGCUUAGAUAUUACUGUACAGCAAGAAGGAAGAACUUGACUUGGCCAUUUAAAAGAAGAGAUGAAAUUAUUACUAGACUGCCACAGGACUUUGGUGUUCCACAUUCUUUAGAGUCGAUAAUAGAAGAAAAUGUUGAUGAAAAAUUUUUGGUACCAGAUAAAAUACUGCGGUGUGCCAAAGUGUUUGACAUCUGCUAUAAGACCUCAAAACGGUCUUGCUGCUUUACAAAAGCUUAUACUCAUUACGCUGAUGGAACUGGAUCUAUAUAUACAGACAAACCACAAGAAGAAGUACAAAAAUGUUAUGAAAAAGCUAAACAAACUGAAAUUGGUAGUGAACAGUUUGUUGAACCAUUUAAGGAAUUGAAGUUACGGUACUUUACACCGCAAGAAGUAUUAAUGUUGAUGUGUUUUCCUAAAAGUUAUAAACUGCCUACAAAUAUAUCUAUGAAGCAAUGUUAUCGGUUGUUAGGUAAUAGUGUUAACGUUAAAGUUAUAAGUGAACUGUUGAAAAUACUGUUUGAAUAAUAAAUAUUUAUUUAAUAUUUUUACAAUGUCUGAUUAUUAUUUAUUUUAUAAAUUGAUUAAUUGAAGAUGAAUAGAUUAUAAUGACUGGUGAUAUUUAUUUAACUUUUGGCAAUUCAGAACAUUUUUAGAUAAUCUCAAUCUAUUCUAAACUGCCUCACAUAAUGGUUUUAUAUUGCAGCUUACAGCUCAACUUAUCACAUCAAUGGGAACAAUGGGCAUUAAAUAUAAACUAUACAUCAUUGUAGUGCCCAUAAAUUACAUAACCAAAUGGUAGUUUUAAAAAUACAGUGUAAUUAAAUAGUAAAAUAUUUAAUUUAAAAAUAAUAUUAACUUAAUUAAAUGGCCCCAUUACUGAGGACUUGUCUCGCUCUUCGUUUUGCAUGAUAGUUCAGAACUCGUAGUCGUAACAUAACAGCUGUUGAGGAAGCGGCUGCGAUAGCAAAUGACCAUAUUGUGAAUUUCCAAUAUGCUCUUUCUUCAAGAUAUGCCACUCGAUCACAACUCCUAGUGACCGUUUCACCAUUUUCACAUUUGAGUAUUUCUUUGAAACUUGUGUGUAUACAUACCCCUAUGCUCUUACUUCGUAUUUCGAAAUCUGAACAAGGAUGGCAUUCACUAACAAUCGAAUAUUUUUGUCGCAUCCAACAUGUUGAAUUAUUCUCCGUAGGGAAUGUCUUGUUUUUCAUUUUGUAACUACCAGACAUUGAGUCAGCCAAAUGGGACUCAAGUAUUAGCACUACUAUCGUCAAUACUCCUAAACAGACGGUCCCAAAUAACAUGCAUUUUUUAGAACAAGUUUCAAUCAUUUUUCCAACUUAAAUUAAGUAAUAAUUAUUGCACUGUUUUCUAUUAUAUCUGCAAAUACAUUAUACAGAUGUGUAAUGCUGUUUAAAUAAUCAUGGAUUCGAAAGCACACAAAUUACGAUGAAAACAAAGUAUGAAAAUUAUUGCUCAUCCAAAUGUCAAAUUGUAACAUUAAUGACAUAUGACAUUAGUACAACCAAUGACUCAAUG